AUGGCUUCCCAGAACAUGAUGAAGGUCCAGGUGAAGACAAUAGAGACGAGCGAUCCGACUUUGCCGCUUCUUGUCCUACAAAUUACCCAACUGGUGGAUACGUACAUGCUGUGGAUCGGCACGGCUGGUAAUCUGGCAGAUACCGGCAACGGGGAAAAGGCAGUCCUCGAGGGGCACCUGUGCAAAGAUUGGGCGUGUGCUAUGCCACCACGAGUGCCUGGUGCACCAAGCGCCGCGACGCCGCUGUUCCGAUCGUCAAGCUCGGACGUUGCUCUAUCGAUGGCCCAACGUUUAGGUAAGGCCGGGGUCAUGCCAAAGGCGUCCUUGGUGGAGAAGAAGGAGCUUGGCGGCGAGAGGUGUGCCGAGCCCGCUGAGUUGGUGGACGUGGAGGAAAUCGGUGUGGCAUCGAUUGGCAACCCUGAGCCCCUUACUGACACAGCACUGUCCGUCACCUGCCCCAAGCGCACACCUCUCUCCUGUAUCUCAUCCUCAAUCGUCGCUGUCCCCGUUGUGCGCAGUAAACAUACUCAGGUCGACCCACUCUCCUCCUCGGCCCAGGCAGCCCUCGCCGCUCAGCCCUCGUACCUCUACUCGGGCCCGCCGCCUCCACCACCCCAGGGUUCGGCACAGCGCAUGCAGGCCGUUCAUCAAGGCGCUGUUCCUCCAACGAGGCAGCCCAGAAUCUCGCAACUUCUCGAGCAGGAACAGCAGUUGGGUGCCACGUUGUCUCCCUACUCGGCCGGUGGGCAGAGCCAGUUGACUCGCAGUACGUCGUUGGGAGGCAGCGCUGGUGGAAAUAUCUCGUCUACACGCAUCCGUCGACACCAUCCAUCCGACGAUCUAGAGGGCAAUUUCAAUUCCGAUAAUCAAGUAAUGGGUGGCCCACGGCAGCAACCUCAACUGUCUCACAAUUCUUUUUACUCAUCGAGCGUUGGAUAUCAACCACAACCAUUGUCAAGCACAGGCAAUACCAACGCGAACAGCGCUUCAAGCGAUCCUUACUCUGAUAUGUACUACAACGGCUCGGCAACCCAUCCUCCCAAGCGUCUCCAACCUGGCCAACAGGAUGUUUCUCACACAUCUGCCGUUCGUGGAGGUCGAUCUCCAAUGCGUGUACCAAAUACACCCAUAUCUGCUUCGCCGCUCGAUCAGUACUCUCAUCAGGCCCAAUAUUCUCCAACAUCGCAAACAUUCUCAUACGGAAACACCGUAGACCAGCGCCCGCAUACUGGAGCGUACCAGUCUCACAGUCGCAACCACUCUCAAAUCAAAAGUGAAGUCACGAGUCCUCCUGGAUCAUCGUCAUAUUCCUCUCCGCCAACGAACAGCAGCUAUUCUUCCAGCAGCUACUCAUCACCAUAUUCAAUGGACACUUCUAGCCCACACCCUCCAAUGCAAUCGCAUAUAAACACGCAGCUUGGCAUCAAGGCGUCGCUUUCAAAUCCCUCAACACCCUUGUCGUAUAUGCAUCCAACCUCGGCUCAAGGAUCUCAUUAUUACGCGCAAGAGCCCAUGGCUGUCGAUCCUCCGCCGAAGAGGAGGGCGCCCGGGUUCCGUAGAGUGCGAACAGUGCACGAUCUACAGCCCAAACUCGACAUAACACCCACAGGCCGGCGAAUGGGGGCAGAUGGAACAUACCUUUCGCCCCUGCGACAAUUGACAACCAGCAUCCUUGAUACAUACCGCAUUUGCAACCCUUCCUUCCGUUACGAAUCGACGCAUAACCCAAGACGUGUUUUGACCAAACCAAGCAAACCAGCACACAACGACGGGUAUGACAACGAGGACUAUGACUACAUCCUGUAUGUCAAUGACUGGUUAGGUAGUGAUGACGGCCAUAAAUACCUCAUCCUUGACAUUCUGGGACAAGGUACCUUUGGUCAGGUCGUCAAAUGUCAAAACAUGAAAACGCACGAAAUCGUUGCUGUGAAAGUCGUGAAGAACAAGCCGGCGUACUUUAACCAGAGCAUGAUGGAAGUGACAAUAUUGGAAUUGCUUAAUAAAUCAUGCGACCCCAACGAUGAGCAUCAUAUUCUACGACUGCGAGAUUCGUUUAUUCACAGAAGCCAUCUGUGCCUCGUUUUCGAGCUGCUGUCCUCCAACCUUUACGAAUUGAUCAAGCAAAAUCAAUUCCAGGGUCUAAGUACACAGCUUGUCAAGGUGUUCAUGGCACAAUUAUUGGACGCGUUGACUGUCUUGAAGGAGGCUCGACUUAUCCAUUGCGAUCUCAAACCGGAGAAUAUACUGUUGAAAUCCCUGCAAUCGCCUCAAAUCAAGGUCAUCGACUUUGGCUCAGCAUGUCACGAACGGCAGACCGUGUAUACCUACAUUCAGUCUCGUUUCUACCGAUCACCUGAAGUGCUUUUGGGCAUGUCUUACACCGCUGCCAUCGAUAUGUGGUCUCUUGGGUGCAUAGCGGUUGAACUCUUCUUGGGGUUACCCUUGUUUCCUGGUACGAGCGAAUACAAUCAAUUGACUCGUAUCAUCGAAAUGCUUGGGAUGCCGCCUUUGAGCAUGCUGAAUACAGGGAAGCAAACCAGCCAGUUCUUUGACUCGCAUGAGCAAUGGAACAACCAUACUAAUCAAAACGAGAAGAGAUAUCGCCUGAAGAGCAUAGAACAGUAUUCUCGGGAGCACAACACGAACGAACAGCCAGGGAAGCAAUAUUUCAAGGCGACAACAUUACCAGAAAUCAUCAACACAGCUCCAAUGCCAACUUCAAAAUCAUCGAGGCAGGGCCACGAAUUAGAGAAGGAGUUGAACAACCGGGCGGCGUUCAUUGAUUUCUGUCAAGGUCUCCUGAACCUGAAUCCUGUCAUCCGUUGGACACCCCAGCAGGCGAGGCUACACCCAUUUAUCACAGGAGAGAAAUUCACGAAGCCUUUCGUGCCGGAUGGUUUGUCGGCUGCGCCACACCCAUCACCUUCUUCAGGUCCAGCAACCGAUCCGAAACGGCCUUAUGGCGGGCUGGUACCGUCCCAACCGAAAGGCACGAGGGCAUACACCGACGCGGCCACGUACAAUCAUCAUCUUGCUCAACACCAAGCCUACACCGCGCAAGCUCAAUCACAGGCUGCAAACACAUUCCGGAAUCCUUACAUCAACCCGCAAAAUUCUCAACAACACUCCCAACAGCAUGCACCUUCAUCCUACUCAACGCCCGCUGAAGCUCCCCCUUACCAACCUCCACAAGCAGCGCAGCAAACGUCGCAGCAUGCUCAAUAUGUUUCCAAUCCUCCCCCAGCGGGUCACCGUACACUUACCCAUCAAAACUCUACGGGACAGCUUGGGGCCUCUAGUUCGAGCUCGCAAUAUGGGACUCACUCAUCAGGAGCUGGACUUGGGGCCACUCAUUUGACCACGAAUCUUCCGGCCAAUCCCUACCUUCCCAGCUCUAGAGCACGGGCGAAUACCAUUAAUCAAAUGGAUUCGGCAAUACCGCCUGCUCUUGCCCGUCUUCAACACAUGAAUCAGGAUAUCAUCGGCGGUCGUAAUGCCCUGACACCAGUGUUGAACCGAGACGAUGCAAUGCGGGAAUGGGAGCGUCGACAGGCGGGGAAAGCUGCUGCCGCCCAGCCUUACCCUCAACUGGAGUAUCUUCAACAGCAGGCCGAGAUUGCCGCAGCUUCAGGACUAUCGAACUGGACUGGUUCGCACUCGCGUUACCCUCCGCCUCAGCCCUCGAAGCUAUCACAUGCGUACCAAUCUCAGGCAAUCAUGGUCGACGAUGAUUCAGGGAGCACCAGGAGAGAUGCCGUCAUGUCGAACGUGCGAUCGGCUGCUCGGGCAGAUACCACGGGCAAUGUCUACGGUGGGACGAACGUGAUCUCAAGUCCACCUCAGGCAUACACGAGCAACUCUACAACAAGUGGGAACCGCUAUCCUGCGAACUACAGCCAAACCCAGGCUGUUAAUGCGUUCGACUCGAUUGAUCGGCGAAACGACAUUGGCAGCAUCUAUGUACCCAUGCAGCCUGAGCAGUACCAAGGGUAUAAUGUUGGGCCACCUCCGAACUCUGCACGACACGUCGCUCCUCCAGCACAGGCAGUGCCUCCUUCGUUCUAUGGGGCAGCCGUCAUGUCAUCGGGCCCCAUGAAUUCAAGCCAGCAGCAGCGGAAUCCAUUCCAAAUGACGGAUGGGACACAGGUAACGACAGGUUCCAAAGAUGUUCGAAGGGGCAACGUAGAUACCUGGACGCGAUGA